AUGAAACGCACCACGCCUUCUCCGAAACGUCGGGGACUCUUCAGUCAUGCCCCACGACAACUCAAUCCCCAGGUAUCUGACCUGUGUCCUGAUUUUAUCAAUGUCAGCCCAUCUGGUGCCAGGUCGAUGAUUGAAAAGAUCAACUCCGAGCACGCUGGUAGACACUUGGCUUUCCAAAACACCGGCGAUCAACUCGAGCUUUUGAGGCUCGAGACCUUGCGUCUCAAGUUAUUGGAGUCUACGAGAUCCAAGUCUAGCCCAGAAAGCGAUAUGGCUCCUCAACGUGUGACCUCCGUCUCAACUGAAGACUUGAGUUCCAAUGGAGAACCCGGUCCCACGGUCCCAAACUCAACACGAUCCUCGACGCGAUCCUCGAUGCGAUCCCGUCCUGCAGUCUUGAGCGAGAGUGAGAUCAGCGUUCUUGAUCUUGGCCCCAGUCUACACUCUACCCAUCUUUCAGCUCGACCCUCUCGCCGCAACUCAUCCUCUUCAAAUGCUCAUACUGGAACCGGUCUCGCCCGCACCACUGCUCCCAGCUUUGUUCCAGGACCUAGCAGCGACACUUCGGACCAACAAGUUGAAUAUCAUCUCCGAAUAGACGAGCUUGAAUCUGUUGCUCUCACUUCCGCUAGUGGCUCCGUUAACAACGAGUUCCCUCUCAACCUACGUCAGCGCCGCCAGAACCGAACCAACAUCAACCUGCCCAGCCCUCAGGAGUUGCGCCUUAAUCGCGCACACCGUGCAUUUUCCCCUCAGUGGCCCUCACAGUCUCUGCCGCCCCAUCCAACUCUACGACGUGCUCAGAGCUCUUUUAGUGGAAUGGACCCGGCUUUUUCGGCUAUGCGUAAUGCAGAGCGGGUAAGACAAAACGCACGCGAUGCUGCAGGCCCUCGGAGUGCCGAUCGGAAGUGA